AUGAGCAAAGACUUGGUGAACGGGUCCAUCCUGCACUGCCUGGAAACGGCGAGUCUAGGAAUGCCCCUGGAGGUGUGGAAGACGAGAAUGUGUGUGUAUAGAAACGAAAACACUAUCAGAUCAUUUGCCAACAUUUACAACAAAGGGAUUGGACAGUUCUACGCUGGUUUUUAUGCCAAAAUAGUAGAGAGCUCCUCCAAAGGAGCCGUCCUGUUAAUAUCAAAAGAACACAUGAUUAAAUUUUGCAACGAUUUGAAUAUAAACCAAACGACAAGUGGUUUUAUCGGUGGAGCUUUCGGAGGCAUUUCCCAAUCUUUUGUGAUGACUCCAUGUACCUUUUUUAUAACAGCCAGUAUUGACAAAAAAAUUAAUUAUAGGAAAAAACUUAUGGAUAUUUUAAAGAACGGGGGAUUUACGACUUUGUAUAAGGGGAAUUGUGCUAUGUGUUUGCGCCAGGGGACGAACUGGGCCAGCCGGCAGGGGUUAACUGAGUGGGUCCGCAAUUUAUUCAUCGAGCGGAAGAGGAAGACGGGGAGAUUGCACCAAGUGGGGGGCCAAGGGGGCGGCCAAGCAGGUUUGAAAAAUGAAGUUACGGAUAAGCGCAGUAAUGUUGAUCAAUCUACCCAAACGAAGGACACCCAUUCGAUAGACAAACUGGGGGGUAUUACCCACGAUUUGUCCCCCACGGAAGAGCUCCUUUGUGGUGUCCUUGGAGGAGCCCUAUCUGUGUGGAACAACCCCUUCGACGUGAUUCGAGUAUACAUGCAAAAUAGCGCGAAUAAAAAUAUUAAGCUGACCUUCUUUCAGUCAUUUGUUAACCUUUACAGGGAGGGAGGGAUCCUGUACCUCUACAAAGGGGUUAUCCCCCGAUGCUUCCUGUGCAUCUGGCAGACCCUAUUUAUGGUUACGGGGAUUAAAAUUUUAAACAAAUAUAGUUAG